AUGACCAGCGCUCUUAGCCUUCUACGAUGCCUUCUCCUCGGUUCGGGACUGCUCACUACCGCGAGAUCGCAAACGAGCAUAUUUAACGUGUCCCAAGAGCUUCUCACUGUAUCACUGGACCUCAUUGAUGCUAAUCACAUAUUGCAUUUCUUGAGCGUAGUGGACGCCUUCGGCCAUGUUUCUGUCCGUAAUCCAGACAAUUCGAGCCAGUUUAUUUUGUCGUUCUCUCUCGCGCCGGCUCUCGUAACAUCGCAGGCCCUCGUAACAUACGAGAUCGACAACGCCACCGCUCUUGCGCUCACUUUCAACUCUUCGGUCACCGGAGACGCUGUACCAUCAGGUUUUGCCGAGAGAUUCAUACACUCCGAGAUAUACAAAUCCUUCCCCGAUGUCAUGGGGGUAGUCCACAGCCACACUACAGAAGUUCUACCCUUCGCCAUCGCCCGUGUACCACUCAUUGCGCAGAUGCACACGGCAGGCUCGGUUGGCGCGGUAGGAACACCGAUUUUCGACACAUCCAUGCUUCCAACGUCCGUUCUGCCUGAGAAUGCACCCCACGACCAACUGAUCCGUACUGCGAUUCUUGGAGAGGCGUUGGCUCAGACGUUCGUGAACGGAAGCCAGGUAGUGCUCAUGAGGGGCCACGGAAUGUCUGUGAGAGGCUCCUCAGUCCGGGAUGCGGUAUUUCGCUCGGUCUAUACUCGCGAUGAUGCCAUCGUACAACUCAACGCCGCGAUGCUUGGUGGAAGUACUGGUCUCUCUGCGCGGGAAGCCGCUGACGGGGCAAACACGACCGAAAGCGAGUCUUUACUUGGAAGGGCGUGGGGCCUAUGGACAGCUCAGGUGGCAACAAUGGGGGAGGGCCUCUACGUCAACGAUUUGACGAAUGCGACCGCGAGCUGA